GUCCUGCUGUUUUUGUAUCAAUUUAGCUAACCAAUAUAGAAAGAGACAGCAGCGCGCUAUGGUGUCAACUACUUCAAGUUUUCUACUUCUUGUUCUUGUUUCUUCUUCCUUGUUUGUAGCAAAAGCUCAGAUACCUGCUCCAGUUAAAGGUCUUUCAUGGAGAUUUUAUGAAACUAGUUGCCCUCAGCUUGAAUCCAUUAUUAGGAAGAGGCUUGAAAAACAGAUCAAGGAUGAUGUUGGCCAAGCUGCCGGUUUACUUCGCCUUCAUUUCCAUGAUUGCUUUGUUCAGGGAUGUGAUAGUUCAGUGUUGCUAGAUGGAUCAGCAGGAGGGCCAAGUGAGCAGACUGCAAUUCCUAAAUUUGACACUAAGAAAGAAGUCAUUCAAGAUCAUUGAUGAUCUUAGGAAAAGGGUUCACGAUGCAUGUGGGCAAGUUGUGUCUUGCUCUGACAUUACAGCCAUUGCUGCUAGGGAUUCCGUUGUCUUGGUAAGACCAAAACUCCCAUUUAGUCCUUGUUGUCUUGGUUUAGAUCGUGUUAGUUUACUAUGCAGAUA